ACAAAAGCUCGCUUUCACAUAUACUUACUUUCUAAUUUUAUCCUAAUUAAAAUGGACAAUCUCGUCGACUCGGCAGUCAAAAGCACAAAUUGUCUGUUUCCUGGAGAGUCGGCAGGAAUUGUGGCUCUCGAUGCAAACGCAGAUAACUUAAAGGGCCAGCGGACUGGUAUUGCGACAAAAUACCGAGAUGAGUACCUGGUUUCUCGAGAAUUACCACGAGGCGUAGAGAAAUUUGGGGCAAAAUUAAAUGACAUAAAUAACAACUCGGAUUUAUCAGCGUCGUUUGGACCUGCGCUAACAACGCAACUGUUGAUUGCGAGCGGCAGCACCAACAGCAGCGUUGCUGGAGUAUCUGCGAAUGCAUUUACGGAUGUCGAGGACGAAGUACAGCGAGUGCUUGAUGGGCUUGCAGGAAAGCAGUCAAAGUCCAAGGCCAAAAAGGUUAAGAAGCCGACCCGUGAGCUUGUGCUGGCAGCUGCCGAGAAGGGUGCAAGCAUGGCAGCGAGCCUACCUCCGCCGCCCGGACAGCAGAUUGUGCGUAAGCGGAAUUACGACCCAAUUAAGCCGGAAUGGCAUGCGCCGUGGAAGCUGAUGCGGGUGAUCAGCGGACAUGUCGGGUGGGUGCGGUCACUGGCGGUAGAGCCAGGCAACAAGUGGUUUGCCUCUGGAUCUGUCGACAGAACCAUCAAGAUCUGGGACUUGGCCUCAGGCACAUUGAAGCUUACACUGACCGGGCACAUCUCGCCUGUGCGCGGACUGGCGGUUUCGCCACGGCAUCCGUACUUGUUUUCGUGCGGCGAGGAUAAGCAGGUCAAGUGUUGGGAUCUCGAGACGAACAAGGUCGUGCGGCAGUACCACGGGCACUUAUCUGGAGUGUACGCGUUGGCGCUGCACCCAGUGCUCGACGUUCUGAUUACCGGCGGGCGCGACGCCGUGGCGCGUGUCUGGGACAUGCGCACUAAGCAGCAGGUGCACGUACUGUCGGGACACACAUCGACGAUCUCGUCGAUCGAAUGCCAGGAGGCCGACCCGCAGGUGAUUUCGGGCUCGAUGGACUCGACAGUACGCCUGUGGGACCUGGCGGCUGGAAAAUCGAUGGCCACGCUGACGCACCACAAAAAGUCUGUGCGCGCGCUUGCGCUGCACCCGACUGAGUUUGGGUUUGCCAGCGCCAGCUCGGACAAUAUCAAGCAGUGGCGGUUUCCGAAGGGAGAUUUUGUGCAGAACUUUGAAGGGCACAACUCUAUUGUUAACGCAAUGUCCGCCAACAGUGACGGCGUGCUGUUUUCUGGCGGUGACGAUGGCUCCAUGCGCUUCUGGGACUGGCGCAGCGGACAUUGCUUCCAGGAAUCUCAGACCAUGGUCCAGCCGGGAUCGCUGGACAGCGAGGCUGGCAUUCUUUGCUCUACUUUUGAUCGCACUGGCUUCCGUCUGAUCACGGGCGAGGCAGACAAGACAAUCAAGAUAUGGAAGGAGAACGACGAUGCUACCGAAGAGUCGCACCCAGUCGACUUUAGGCCAAGCCUUGGCCGCCGGCGCCACUAGCUGGGUCCUUGUCUUUAUCAAUACAUUUUCAACUUUAAAUCAUCAAUUUAUAUCAGGG